UUUGUGAAGAUCUCAAAACAGUCUGAAACCAGUCGCUUCAAUCGUGGGCCCGCGGUUGCAGUUGCGAUGCAGACUUCAGUCACACGUGAUCACGGGGUGCUGUGUUGUUGUUCUGUUGGUUUUUUGACGGCGCAUAUUGUUAAAUUAAUAUGAGUGACCAAGAAAUGAACAUUAAACUAGUUGGAGCAGUGGAGAAACAUGAAGCACUGAACAAUUACAAACUCCCAGAUUAUUAACGGAAAGAUGUAAUGGAGAAAGCAUGGGAAGAAGUGGCAGCUGAAGUAAAUAUGCCAGGUGGGUGGAUGGUACUAGGCUGUUGCUUUCAUGGUGACUGUAGCAUGAGGUGGAUGGCUCGAUCAGGUGGAGUCUUCGGUGGAUUGGCAGUACAGGUGGUCUACUCCGGGCUGCUCUUCAACUUGGUGGACGGCUCUCUUAGGCUCCCUCGGCACAUGGAUGGUGUCAUAUGUUUAUGGUGCGGGCUGUCCCCCUAUGUGAUGGAUGGCAUCCUCGGGCUCCUCCUAGCGACUAGUAUGGUGUGGGUCGACUCCAAGCUGGCUAUCCUGGGUGAUUUUGACGUUUACUACUUCCAUAUGUGCAUCCUGAGAUAUCUGAUCUAA